AUGAGCCAGCCAGCCACCAGCCGCAAGAGGUCCGCCUCAGCAAUGUCAAUGAGCGACGGCAACGAGUACAGAUACCAGUUCCAGCUCCCCAGCGACUCCAUCAACCCGCUCAGCCAUACCCCUUCCAUCCUCCGCCAGCUCCAUCUCGCUGGCCUCGCAGAGACGGACGAGCUGCCCUCGAGAACGCAGCACAAAUUUCCGCACCGCCACUGGCAAGACCCCGAUGCGCCGCCGGCCCGGCUGGGACGGUCCGCCUCGUCAAAAGCACUCGAGACCAGCGAGGUAGAAGAGGAGGACGACGACAAUGACAAUCUAGAAGACGACGAAGGCAAAAAGCGCCGCCGCAAGAAAAAGGACGGCGGCGGCACCCCAAAAGCAAAAUACGCCUCUGAAAAAUCCCCCUUCCGUCCCCUCGUCCGCGCAAUCUACAACUUCCUCGACACCGGCGACAUCCCCAACGCAAAACGCGCGUUCGGUAUCCUCGCGCGGUCCACCGUCCACGGGAAACCCGUCGACGUCCGGCGCAACAACUACUGGGCCCUCGGCGCCGAGAUCCUCAUGCGCGAGGGCGGCAGCGCCCGCGCCACGGCGACGGACGACGAGGCGUACCCGUUCGCCAACGCGCCUGUCGUGCGCGAUUACUUUCGGGAUCUGAUCCAGCGGUUCCCGUAUAACUUUAAGCACCGCCACGCCGUGUGUGCCGUGGACUUUUGGCCUGCGUUGUUGAGUUAUGAGGUGUUUCAGGUGCAUGCGCAGCAUGCGGCUUCGUUGAGGAGGAUGAAUCGCGAGGCGGAGGAUUGGGAGGACGAGUCGUGGCAGGAGCCUUCUUCGCUGCUUGGCGGCGGCGGCGGUGACAGCAUGAUGGACGGCUCGGAUUUCCAUGCCCGGUCUGAGCAGGUCAACGGACGGGACACGCGGCUGCGGCAGGCGAGGGACCAGAUCCGGCUCAAGACGCUCGACAUGCUGCGCGAGGUGGCGGGCCGCAUGAACGACCUGCUCGAGGACCGGCCGUUUUCGCACAGCGCCGAGCUGUGGCGGGUACGCGGGAUGGUGUCGCUGUAUAUUGGCGACCUGCUCAUCCCGGCGUACACGCACGACGACGACGACGACGACGACGAAGGGGUCCAGCAGAUGGCGGAGGCGAGGGUGCGGCGCGAGGCGGAGAGGAAUAAUGCGCGGAGCAGCUUUCAGAAGAUGGCGGAGCACGGCGGGAAACUUGAUGCUUUGAUUCAGAGGCUGAUGGCGCCCGUUGAGGAGGACGAGGGGCCUGUGUUGCCCGUCUUUUCGUCACUUGCGUUCAGAGAGUAUCGUACAGCUAGCUAG